UAACAGUUGUAUCAAACAUAAAUUAUUUCCACAGAUGUGUAAAAAAUAUGCAUAGAAAAUUUAUUUCAAGAUUGCGUAUAUGUUACGUGAUGCCAACAGCAAAGAUUUCUGUACGGGAAGAAGAUAUUAUUAGAUUAACUUUGGAGUUUUUGCAUAAUCGCGAACUUCAUAUAUCUCAAUUAAGCGUAGAACGUGAAACUGGUGUUAUAAAUGGAAGUUAUUCAGAUGAUGCGUUGUUUCUUCGUCAACUCAUUUUGGAUGGGCAAUGGGAUGACGUACUUGAAUUCAUUCAACCACUGGAAGUAAUACCAACUUUUCCUACCAAUAAAUUUAGGUACUGUAUAUUAAGACAUAAAUAUGCCGAACUAAUAUGUAUGAAAUCAGAAGCGACUGUGGUAGGAAGUGUAGACACUGCAGUAGAAGAAGUGGUUAAAGUUCUAAAUGAAUUAGAAAAAGUAUGCCCUUCUAAAGAGGAAUAUUCUAAUCUUUGUUUAAUGUUGACAUUACCAAGACUAUCCGAUAAUUUAGGAUAUAAAGAUUGGAACCCUAGUACAGCGAGAGUACAAUGCUUUAAACAAGUUUAUCCUCUUGUAAUGAAAUUUUUACCAUGUGACAAAAAACCUGUUAUGCCAGAUGCAAUAAAUGACAGGCUUAUUCAGUUAAUUAUUAAAGGAAUGCUUUAUGAAUCUUGUUGUAAUUUUUGUAAAUCUAAAGCAGUUGGAAGUACACAGCCUUUUGGCCCUAAUGUUUUAAAUUUUUCACAUAUAUUUAAUGGAUCGGAAGGUUAUAAAGAUACAGAUCUUAGUUUGAUGUCAUGGCUUCAAAGCAUUCCAGCUGAAACUUUUAUUGUGCCUUUCGAACAAAAAACAUUAAAUGUUGAACUUGAACAGUUAGAGAGACCGUCUUUGGAAACAUCAUGGACGGAACACAUGCUCGUUACUCCUAUAAAACCAAAGCAAUUCCCACAUUCUGCAAUGCCAUUCACUAGACCACGAUCAGCUGCCGAUAUUAUGUCACGUUCCUUGCUGCCAAAUCUUGACCACACUUCUUCGUCAUCUCUUAUAUCAUCAAUCGGGGUACCUAAUACGCCGUCAAACCUUGUAAAAUCGUCUUUUGCAAGUUUUCAUUUAACAGGACUGAAAAGUAAUACACCUAUGACUAGUUCAGUAGAUAAAUUAUUUGAAAGUGAAGUUUUCGUGAAUAGUAUGAACGGAGAGUUACCUUCUAUUACUGAAGUUGUGACACCUGUAAAAGAAAAUAGAAAAUUUGUUUCGGAAUUAUCGUCUCCAGAACCUGGAAGGUCAUCAAAUUCUACGACAACGUCAAAUACUACCAGGUCAUCUAGAAGAGACUCACUUACUGAUCGAUAUCAAUCAUUGUCUAUUAACCAAUCUAGUACUAGUUUUGAUAUGCAGAAUAGUCAGUGUGAUUUACUUAAGGAAUAUCAACGCCAAAAACAAAGAUAUCAUGAUGCCUUACAAGAUCAAGAAAGAGAAAGACUAGAGCUUAUAGAGCAAUUGCGUAGUACUGAAUCGAAACUUCAAGAAGAAAACAGUGAAUUAUCAAAUAAAGUUGUUCUGUCUGAAACAGCUACAUUUUCAAAUAAUAAUGCUGCCAAACCUCCAAUCCCUACAAAAGUAAAUGUAAUAAAUGGCAGUAAAGGAGAAUGGAUUUCUGAGAAUGAUAACAAUUUAAAGGAAAUGCAGCCGACAUCGACGGCGGCCAUCGGCAGCAACAAGACGACCGGCGCCAACCACUCUGGCGAUGGAUUACAGGAUAAUAGCGAUCAACACGGCAAACCCAGGUUCAUACCGGUCACCCGGUUGGAGGACGUGCAGGCGGUCCGGUGCGCGGAGUUCCAUCCGCACGGUUCCGUGUACGCUGUCGGAUCCAAUUCCAAAACGCUUCGGAUAUGCGCUUAUCCCAAAGUGACGGAUAUCAGAGAGAAUCACGUGGCCCAGCAGCCGACCGUAUUGUUCAAACGUACCAGACAUCACAAGGGUUCGAUAUACUGCAUGUCGUGGACCCCAGACGGAUCGCUGAUCGCCACCGGAAGCAAUGACAAGACGGUCAAGCUGAUGCGGUUUAACGCGGACACGUCGAAUCUGGAGGGCCAAGAGAUUGAGUUGGCCAUGCACGAUGGUACGGUCAGGGACGUUUGUUUCAUCGAGGACACGAGCAACAGGAGCAGUCUGCUAAUCAGUGGCGGUGCCGGUGACUGCAAGAUAUAUGUGACYGACUGCGAGACCGGACAACCGUACCAAGCGCUCAGCGGCCAUUCCGGUUCUUAUUUAAUAUUUCAUAUAAUUUAUUAUGGUUGGAAAGGAAUAAUCACGARAAUAAACCAUGAGGCGUCAGCCACAAAAAUACCAUUGUCACACGUCAUGACCACAUUAUUUGAGCAUUCCAUAGGUUUUUUUUAUAUUGUACAUUAUGUUACACAGCAAGGAUCACCGGUGGCCGCCGUCUGCGUGGAGCCAUCUGGGCGGCUGUUGGUCAGCGGUCACGAGGACUCGGCGUGCGUCUUGUACGACAUCCGGGGUUCCAGGAGCUUGCAGUGUUUCAAGCCGCACUCGGCUGACGUGCGUUCGUUGCGAUUCUCACCAAGUGCCUAUUAUUUGCUAACCGGUGGAUACGAUAACAAGCUGGUGYUAACCGACUUGCAAGGUGAUUUGACAACAACGCUGCCGAGUGUGGUGGUCGCUCAACACCAGGACAAAGUGAUAUCUGGCAGGUGGCACCCCACAGACUUUUCRUUUUUGAGUACCAGUGCUGAUAAGACAACCACUCUGUGGGCUUUACCACCAUAUAAAUAAUACAAAUAACCAACGGAACAGAUUAUAAUUUAAUAAUACACGUUAAGGCUUUGUAUUGCAAAAAAAUCAGAAAGAUUUUUAAACAAAAAUUAAAAAA